AUGGCACCGAGGCGCCAUAUAAUCGACAGCCUGUGUCGUUGUUUGUGCCCACAAUUCAAUAACCUGCUUGCCAGCAAAUCCGCGGUAGCCCAAUUCCGCCCUCGAAACCUGUCCACUCCCGCAUCAUUAAGAUGCCUCUCGACCACCCGUCCAACCCACCAAUCCAUCGAUCCAGUGCCCGGGCCGGCAUCACAAACCCCACCACCGGAGCCUCAAGGCGCCCUCCCAUCUGCCGAAGACGGCACCAGCAAGACUUUCUCUAUAUCAAGAACCCGAAUGGUAAACUCGCACCUAACAUGGAACAAACCGGUCAGCUUUGACCGGAAAGAGCGCCCAUUCAUCCGACGUGCCCGGUCAGCGCUUCGUGGCAUAGAGAAAGUCAAAGACCUAGCACACCGUGGCGCAUUCCCAGAGGUCUUUGAUGAGGCCAGGGCCCUCGUGGAGUCUGGAUACGAGCCGGAUCGGGAACUCUACGCAGCGCUGGUCUACGCAUGUUCCAAUUUCCCGGGAUGCCUAAUGCAGGAUUUGGCCCUCAGCCUAGUGAAAGAGAUGAAGGGUCGGGGUAUCCAAUCAAAUACUGAGAUGUAUCACCAUCUACUCAAGUUGUUGGCUACGUCCCCGGACUACCUCAAGCGCGCGGAGGUGCUCAAGGAGAUGAAGGACAAUUGGCAGACGGUGUCGGAUGACGGGUGGCAGUGGGUCAUUGCCGGGCAUCUAAUGGGGGGAAAUUUGGAGCUUGCGUUGGGGAUUAUUGAGGAGCGGAGGGGAAAGGGGUUAGUUGUGCAUAGGAGUACGUAUGAGCAUGCUAUUUACAGGCUUUGUGCGGCUGGGGAGGCGGAGGGGGCGCUGAGGAUCGCGAAGAUGCUGGAUGAUGAAGGGUUCUGGGAGACACCGGCGAAGGUGGUGUAUGAUUUGUUGGUUGUGGGGGCCAAGCAGAUGCAUCUCGACUGCACAAUGUGGUCCUGGUUCCAAAUGAACGACCGCCAACUCUUUAUCCCGGACGACGGCCUUUGCAUACUAACUUUGAACGUCGCCGCUCGUUAUGGCGUCGCAAAACUCGCAACAGACGUCUUUCGCGUCCUCGUGGACCGCAAAUUCGAAUACGGAGAGCACCAUUUUGCCGCCCUGUUGGAAACCUACUUAGUAGCCGACAACCUCCCUACCGCAUUCUCGGUCCUGAAUAUCAUGGAAUCCGCCAACGUGCCGCCAAAACCAAACACAACCCGCAGCAUAGUCAACAAACUGACACAAAACAACUCCCCACGGGACAUCGAAGCGGCAUACGAAAUCCUCCUCGCCCAACGCAAGCUCAAAAACUCUGUCCAUAUUGCAGCCUUGAACACCAUCAUCGCGGCGUUCGUCCGAAUCUCGGACGUCAAGUCCGCUUUCAAUGUAUACAAAGUGAUCCCCAAUUUCGACCUACGCCCGGACCUGCAAACAUUCAAUUGGCUGCUCCGGGGCGCGGCGGAGCAGGGGAGGAAGAAGUUUGCCAUGUGGGUAGUGGCGGAAAUGCAGGAGAUGGGGAUCAAGCCUGGAGAGGAGACGUACGAGAGUCUCGUGCUGGUGUGCGCUGCUCAAGAGGUUAUCAAUGAUGCGUUCGCUUACUUGGAGGAGAUGAAGAAUAUGAGGUUUAAGCCGAGUGCGAGGUUGUAUGAAGCGCUCGCAGUGAGGUGUUGGGAGUUGAAAGAUUGGAGGUUUGAGGGGGUGGUUAAGGAGAUGGAGGAGAAAGGGUAUUCUGCUCGGGGGAUUGUGGAAAUGUCGCACCAGCGGAAGGCUGGGGAGCAGGCUGCGGUAAGGGCGCAGGGGGUCCAGAGAGUGAGAGCCCAGGAGGAUGAGGAGGGGGAAGGCCUCCAGAGGGAUCCUGCCGAUAAGGUUGGAGAGCAGUUAGGGCGUAAACUGAGGUGGUAAUCAUAAUCGGUCACUCGGCGAUUGAAUGUGCUAGGAUGAGAUUGUUUUUUCUUCUCCUUUUGUAAAAUUCUAGAUUUUCUGCCAAAACACCGGCAGGGACAGCUGGGUGUGUACAUGAUACGGUAAAAGCCAAGGAA